AUGGAAAUUGACGAAAGACGGGACUUCACAGAGCUCACAGAGCUUGCUACUGUCCUUAAAGAUUUUAAGAUCAGCGAAUUGAACGACCCAGGCUCCAGGGAUAUAUUCGAUGUGGUUAAGGAAUUCAGAGCUGUGGCAGGCGACAAAGCGCUACAGCUUGCUUUGGACGACAUCGAGGAACAAAGUAGCACUUUUGUUAACUGGAAUUUAGAGGCCAAAUUAUGGCAUCUCAUCGAGCUUUUGGUAAACUACAGAACUGCAGAUUUAGACCUGGAAAAGGAAGAUUCAGCUGCUACGAUUUACCAUAGAAGAUGCAUGGAAGAUAACAGGUCUCUUUACGAGAUAUGGCUCAUUAUUGUUUGGAUUCAAGCAAAUGUCAAAGUUCCAGAUCGACCAGACGAUUUAGGAUCCAGCAAAUGGUCAAACUCCUUCAUAGCGGGCGAUCUUAAGAGCUGUGAUUCAGAUUUUCCUCUCAGGGACACAAACUGUAUGCUAGACUCCCGGGAUAAGCAGUCAGAUCAUAGCUUUUUCAGAUAUGCGUACGAAUUGAUAGUGGCAGGGAAAAUGGAUGAGGCUAGGAAAGAAUGCGAAUACACCGACAAUUUUACGCUAGCAUUGAUAUUAUGUGGUGUAGACAAUGAAGCUGAAUCAGAUGUCGAUAACCCAGAGACUGCUGAGCUUUAUCGACAGAAAACCUUGUGGCGUAGAACCGUUUACUCUUUGUCACUGAAUGAGGAUUUGGACGUCUACGAAAGAGCCAUCUAUUCUUACCUAUGUGGUGAAGCUGGUCAGACGGCAGAAAAUCUCAAAAUGACAUGGGACACAGAACUACUCCUUUACUUGAACCACUCAUGGCAAACGGCUCUUGAGAAUCAGUUGGUUAACGAAAAUCUGGUCGACACAAAGGAAAUGAUACUUCCAAUGGACGAUCAGUACUUAUCUUUACAAUCCACACUGGAUGUUGUAUCCAAGAGGCAUCCCAGUGAUAGCGAGCAUCCGCUCAGAGUGCUGAUGGGGGCUGUAAUGCUGGAUAGAGUCCCCUCAGUAAUCAAGUCUUCAGUUACAAUGCUGAUAGAUGCCAUUAAAGGCUUGGACCCGGUUAAUGAUAUGGUAGAGGAACCUUAUCUACUUCGUGUCGUAACGCACCUUGCGAUUGUGAUGGAUGCGAUUUAUCCAGGCUCUAUCGAAGAACAAGAUAAAUCCAGGUUGAUAACCGCAUAUGUGACCGUUCUUUCAUUCCAUGAGCUUAACGAAAGUAUACCAAUCUACAUCAGCUUCUUGAAGGAGCCCGAGGCUCUCGAGGCGUACUCAUUCUUCUUGUCCAACCUGACAGAGGCUAACGCUCGUAAGAAGCAGCUGGAACUGUGCCGUUUAUUGCAUUUGCCUGUCGGUAAUAUAUUGAGGCGUACGGCCCAAAGAGUAUUUGAAGAUACAGAGAACUCUUACGGCCCUGGUGCAAGAGUAGACGUAUACUUACCUAUCGAUGCGACCGAUAAAAGACUGAUAGCCGCCGCGGAAUGGCUUAUCGAGGGUCACAUUUCGGUGGAUGCCCUAGACUCGUUAGUCGUUAUUUCAAGAAGGUUCCUUCUAAACGGUAGGAUCAACUCGUUGAAGUAUCUCUACGAAAGACAUGAUUUGGACAAUCUGAUGAAAAACUACGAAAUAGAUACGAUUAAGGACUCAGAUAAUGCAAACACCGCAAUUAUAGAGAUCGAGCAUUAUCGCUGUUUGAUUCAAGUUUUCAAGCGCUUCGAGCACUGGCAGAAAGUUUCUCAAGAGAAACAAUCAAACACGAACCUAGCGAAUCUCCUGACUUCGUUUCGCGAUAUCUCUAGCUAUGUUCACAAAAUCAUCAAAACCUUUCUGGUGGACCUUUCAGAGACAUCAGAUUCUCAAGAUCUAGAAACGUUUUUCGAAAUACGAGCGUUAUACACACCUUACAUGGUCAUCGAGCUUCAUCGAGCUUUCGUUACUGCCUCCGAGUCUUUGAAGGUCGCCAGCUUCGUCACAGAGGCUCUCGCGUUGGCAAAUGUUGUGGCAAAUGAGACUGAUCGCAUCUACCUACUCUUCCAAUCGUCUGGAAGACUGGAAGAAUAUUUACAGCUUAUUGCCAAAACAGCGACAAUGGUAAAACCAUAG